UAACGCUACCCAUGGUCUUCAACCCGUGAGCUCGGUUUCUCUCUGCUGACUUUAACGGUCCCGAUGCAAUUUCAUUUAAUCGGAUGGUCAACAUAUUUCCUCUCUCCCUCUAACGUCACAGCUCUCUCUUCCCUCCGGAGUCCGAUUGGGCAAUUUUUUCUGUGGAUUGUGGAGCAUUGAUUCUACACCGAAAACUCCAUGGAACAUCAUGAAGUUUGUUUCAAAUUGGGAUGUUGUUGCUGGGUUUGGGUCGAUCUCUGAAUGGAUGUGCAUUGGUGGCCACAUGCACUAGUGGCACAUAAUGGGAACUUCAGACUUUAGCAUAUAUAACGGGCUGCUUAAUUAUUUCAUGGUAUGUCAUCAAAGAGGUUAAGACACCUUUUGGUGUGACAUUUUCUUGCAUUAUCCAAGAACGGGCCCAACCUUCUGCUGUUUGUUGUGCCGAUCAUCUUGUUUGGCGGGGAUGAAGGAACCUGAGUUCCAUUUGGUUAAUGUGAUAGAUGUUUAGCCAUUCUUAACGGGGAUAACAAAUCUACAGUAAGGUUCAUUAUUUCUCGUGUGGAUCAUAGCAGCAUGGAGGUCAAUUUGGUUAAUUGGCUUUAUGGGCUUAGAUCCUCCAAAUGCAAAUAGACCAGAAGGAUGAAAAACCAGAGCCAUUUGACUUGGUGCUCUAUCACUCACCUGCAGUGGGCUUCAACACCGGACUCGGAUUGACCCCACCGGUUCUCCAUCCUCAACUCCCAAAACGAAAUCCCAAAUAAACGAUCGAAGCCGACUUACCCACAAGUCCACCACCAUUGCGGAGCUCGAUCCCAAUCUAGGGUUGGGUUUCCCCAUUUCCCAAUCCCUUCCCUAGCACUUCCUCCAACGUACCCUUUUUCCCCGUGAGUUUCCCACUUCUCUUUCCAAAAUUUACUGCUAUUACUGGAAUUGUCAAUUUUCACCAUUUGAAGAUUGUUUGCUUAGCCUUAAUUUGCUCAUAUCAUUCAAGAAAUCAACAGUAGAAAGGUUUUUGUUGGGUGUGAUUUUGCUUUUGAUGUGUACUUGAAGAAUGACAGUUUGAUUUCUGCCGUAGGAUGAUAAUGGAUCAUCAAUCUCAUGGAUUUGACUUGGAUGAAAGCGAUUUAGAUAUGCAAACUGUAGCAUAUCGAGGGAUCGAAGAUGGCUUUCCAGAGAAGUUGAACUCUUGCGUGAGUGAAGAAGAUGACAGGGUACUAGACCAGUGUGUUGGAGAUUUACCCAUGAAUGUGGGAGCUUUGGAACCGUACAUAGGUAUGGAGUUCAACUCAAGAGACGAAGCUAGAGAAUUUUAUGUUGCCUAUGGUCGCCGCACCGGUUUCACUAUACGGAUACACCAUAACCGUCGAUCACGAGUGAACAAUCAGGUGAUUGGUCAAGAUUUUGUUUGUUCGAAAGAAGGGUUUCGUGCAAAAAAGUAUAUUUAUAGAAAAGACAGAGUUCUACCCCCACCUCCUAUUACUCGAGAGGGCUGUCAAGCAAUGAUAAGGCUGGCGUUGAGAGAUGGGAUGAAGUGGGUUGUCACCAAAUUUGUGAAAGAACAUAAUCAUAAGCUAAUGAACCCCAGCAAAGUCCCAUGGCGGGGAUCUGGAAAGCACUUAGUCAGUGAGGACGAGAAAGAUAAGAGAAUCCGGGAACUAUCCCUUGAGUUGUAUAAUGAGAGGCAAAAGUGUAAGCGAAAGUGUGCUGCAUAUGAAGAACAGUUAAAUAUGAUUUUGAAAGAUUUGGAAAAACACACAGAACACAUAUCCAAAAAGGUUGCUGAUAUAGUUCAAAGCAUAAAAGACAUCGAGGAUGAACAACUGGACUCGGAUAGUGGAUAGAGUUAGUGCAGCUUGUACUGUAUCUUCCCUCAAUCCUGGAUUUUCUUUGAUGUGUUGAUUAAGCCCCAUAUGCAUUUCUAUGAGCCACAUGUUCAUUAACUUUCUUUGUUCACUUAUGCUUUGAGUUAAAUUAAUCAUUGAAGUGGAGAAAGAUUAAGGUCCUCAAGGCCCUCAAUGUCAAUAUCUCUAUCCGAGCAAAUCAGCAACUGGUGUGAGAUGUCCUGGCUCAAGGUGCUUACUCUCAUGACAGUCAUUGCAGUGUUGUAUGGGUAAUUUGUUCUUCUUGGAGAAAUGUUGAAUCAUCAUCUGCAGAAAAGGGGUAUAUUGUCUCAGCCGUAGAGCCGAGAAAGGUAUAAGCAUUCUAUCAUUCUUAUGUACAAACUAUAUUUUUUUUUUUCUUUUAAGAAGUUGUACAAUUGUUUGUCCAUUGAUGUACCUGCAUGUUUACAUGUUAAAUAUGUUGACACAGAAAUUUGUCUAAUUUCCCUUGUCCACUGCAGUGAGGUUGAUCAUGGUACAAUUUUGCAUGUGACAGGAUGUUCUUGUAAAUGCUAAACUGGGUAUUAUUGCACUUUGUAUUGACAAAUAUAAAUUGCAAAUUCUGACUCACAAUAAUUAGCGUUAAGAGGAACAUUGUGGUAGUGGAAUGGUAUUAUAUGUGUAAGAAGAACGGAGAGUCAGUCGAUCAUCUACUUCUUCACUGCAAGAUUGCAAGUACUCUUUGGCAUACUAUUUUUAGUCGGUUCGGGUUGCUUUGGGUUAUGCCUUGCAGGGUAAGGGACUUAUUUGAUUGCUGGUGGACGGGAGGGCAUUCUCGAAGUGCGGUUGUGUGGAAGAUGAUUCCUCUUUGUCUUAUGUGGUGUUUAUGGAGCGAAAGAAAUGCUAGAUACUUUGAAAAUUCCACUAGGACUUUAGAUGAACUUAUUCAUUUUUUCAUUUUUACUCUUUACUCUUGGAAGGCCGCUUGGUUAGCUCCAUUAGUGAUUAGUUUUUCUGACUUUUUUUUUUUU